AUGAACCUAAGACAAGUCUUUGUGUCUGUGCUGAUGUUUGGAGUAGCUGGUCUACUCCUCUUCAUGUAUCUACAAGCUUGGAUUGAAGAACAACAUACAGGUACAGUUGAUCUAGAUUCCUUCAUGGAUGAAACUAAACCAGGCUAUGUACCUCAGCCUACAGUGGAUGCUCAGUAG